AUGGAAUUAACUCAAUUAUCACAAACUCAACCAACUCAACAAUCACCAUUAACUCAAACACAAAACAAAUUAUUAGAUCAAUCAAAUCCAAAUCAAAUUUGUCAAUUAUUAUGUUCAACAAAUCAAUAUCCAAAUAAAAAAUUAAAUACUACUGAUAAAAUUGAAAAAGAUGGUAAAUUAAUUUGGAAUUUUGGUAGAUCAAUUGAAAGUGAUUUACAAUUAAAUUCUUCUUCAAGAUUAUCAAAUAAACAUUUUAUAUUAUGGUUUAAUAUAAAUGAUAAUUCUUUAUGGAUUAAAGAUAUUUCAACAAAUGGUACUUAUUUAAAUGGUAGUAGAUUAGUUAAAGGUUCGAAUUAUUUAUUAAAUCAAGGUGAUGAAAUUAGUGUUGGUAAUGGUAUACCAAAAGAUAUUGUAAAAUUUAUUAUAAUUUUUACAGAUAAAUAUAAUCCUGCUUUAUCACCUGAUUCAAGUAAUAUAAAAGAUCAAGGUAUAUUUAAAGAUUUUAUUAUAAAAAAUGAAACUAUUGGUCAAGGAGCUUUUGCAACUGUUAAAAAAUGUAUUGAAAGAUCAACUGGUAAUGGAUAUGCUGUUAAAAUUAUAAAUAGAAGAAAAGCUUUAAAUAUAAGUAGUAAUGGACAAGCUGCAGGAGGAGGAGGAGUAGGUGGUGGUAAUGCAUUAAUUGGAGUUGAUAGAGAAUUAUCAAUUUUAGAGAAAUUAAAUCAUCCAAAUAUUGUAUCAUUAAAAGCAUUUUAUGAAGAUUUAGAAAAUUAUUAUAUAAUAAUGGAAUUAGUACCAGGAGGUGAUUUAAUGGAUUUUGUAGCAGCAAAUGGAGCAAUUGGAGAAGAUGCAACUCAAGUUAUAACUAAACAAAUAUUAGAAGGUAUAUCAUAUGUUCAUAAAUUAGGUAUAUCUCAUAGAGAUUUAAAACCUGAUAAUAUUUUAAUUAUGCAAGAUGAUCCAAUAUUUGUAAAAAUUACAGAUUUUGGAUUAGCAAAAUUUAGUGAUAAUUCAAGUUUAAUGAAAACUUUUUGUGGUACUUUAGCUUAUGUUGCACCAGAAGUUAUUACUGGUAAAUAUGGUUCAUCACAAAUUUUAAAUGAUUCUUUUAAAAAUAAUUAUUCAUCAUUAGUUGAUAUUUGGUCAUUAGGUUGUCUUAUUUAUGUAUUAUUAACAUCUCAUUUACCCUUUAAUGGUAAAACUCAACAACAAAUGUUUCAAAAAAUUAAACAAGGAGAAUUUCAUGAAUCACCUUUAAAUUCUUAUGAAAUUAGUGAUGAAGGUAGAGAUUUUUUAAGGUGUUGUUUACAAGUUGAUCCAAUGAAAAGAAUAACAGCAGAAGAAGCAUUAAAACAUCAAUGGCUACAAGAUAUUUUAGAAGAUUCAUCACAACAACAACCUCAACAAAAUGAUUCAUCAUCAUCAUUAAAAUCUCUUAGUUUAUCACAAUCACAAUCUCAACAAUCAAGAAAAAUAGAAAAUGGAAUACAUAUAGAAUCAAUGAGUAAAAUUGAUGAAGAUAUAAUGCUUCGACCUUUAGAUAGUGAAAGAAAUCGAAAAUCAACUAAACAAAAACAACAAGAUUUUAAAAAACCAAAAAGAAUUGUUCCAUUACCUCAAUCACAACCAUUAAAUAAUUUACCAAUGUCACAACCUUUAAAACGACCUUUUCAUAUUGACCCGAUAACAAAUAAAAGAGAAGAACUGAAGAAAAGAAUAAAAAUUGAACAACUACCUGAUAAUAUAAAUCAUAAUAAUAUGAACAAUAACAACAACAACAACAAAAACAAAAACCAUGAAAAUAACAAUACAAAACUACUAGAUCUAUCAAAAUCACAACCAGUAAAAUUAAAUGAUGAUUCAAGUGAUAUUAAAAUGAAAUCACUUUCAUCAUCAUCAUUAUCAGAAAAUUCAUCACCAUCAUCAAUACCAGCACAAUUAUUAUCAACAUCAUCAUUAGUUAAACCAAAUAAUAAUGAUAAUAAUAAUUCCAAUAAUUUAAAUUCAAUAAAUUUCAAAAUAAUUCUAGAACCAAUAUCAAAAUCAUUAAUUUCAAAUUAUAUAGAAAUUUCAAAAAAUUAUUAUUCAAUAGGUAGAGCAGAAGUUUGUGAUAUGGUUAUAUUAGAUGAUAGAUUAUCAAAAGUUCAUUGUAUCCUAAAAAUUAAUGAGGAAACAAAACAAAUUUGGUUAUGUGAUAUGAGUACGAAUUCAUGUAAAGUUAAUAAUUUAACUAUUGGUAAAGGUAAAAAAAUUUUAUUAAAUAAUAAUGAUCAAUUAUUUUUAAUCAAUGAUUCAAAUACAAAUGAAUUUAUAGGAUAUAAUGUCAAAAUAAAAACAGAGGAUGAAAUAGUUCAAGAUCAAGAAGAAAAAAUUGUUAAUGAUGAAUUAGAAAUUGACGAAAAAAAUAAUAAUGAUGAUGAAGAUAAUAAUGAUAGAGAAAAGAAUAAGGAGAAUAUAAAUCAUAAUAUUAAAAUUAUACAACAAAGUAUUGAUGAAAUAAACUUAAAAAAUCUGUUAAUUGAAAGUAUAUAA